AUGGUUCUCUGUUCCCUUGACCCAGACAACCCCACCAAAUCAUGCAAAUCAAGAGAUUCAAAUCUUCCCGUUCACUUUACGAACCCUUGUGGAACUGCCCAGAUUGUGAAGGCUAUGCCUACAAAAGCCACCAAGAAUUGGAAGGAUGUCACUUUUGAGACGCCGUGUGCACCAUUCUGUCGCUGCAGUGGUGGAGUUGGUGGGUGUGCCCAGGCCAAGCAGAGGGGCUGGACACAGAGUUGGGGGCCCAAAAAGAGGGUUGAAUUUUUACUGCACAUGCUCAAAAAUGCAGAGAGGAAUGCUGACCGUAAGGGCUUGGAUGUAGAUUUCCUGGUCAGUGAACACAUCCAGGUGAACAAAGCCGCCAAGGUGCAGUGCAGGACCGACCGCGCUCCUGGUCGGAUCCACCCAUCCAUGGGUUCUCCCUGCCAUGCUGAGGUGAUCCUCACUGAACAGGAGCAGGUUGUUCCUAAGCCAGAAGAGGAGGCUAAAAAAAAAAAAAAGAUAUCCUGGAAGAAACUGAAGAAACAAAAACUCACGGCCUGGGAAUAA